AUGGAAAGCGCCGAUGAGUUUCAAAUCGCUGCAAUCCACCGGGAAAAUUCCAUGACUGACACGCUGACCAGGCAACGCGUUGGGAGAAACCACGAAAAUGCCGCCAGGUCACGGGACUGUCUGGUCCCAUUAGACUUCCAGGUUGGGAUUAGCGCCAUGGAAAUUCGGUGGAUCAUCGGCAGCUUCAUUUGGAAGUUCAUCUUCUCUCUGUGUUUCUCUCUCUCUCUCUCCGGUAUUCACCAGAAGCAAAAUCAAAGAAUGUGGAGGCCUUCUGUCUUCCUGUCCUCGCAUCCAGAGGCUGUCCUCCUCCGCGGAGGUCCCAGUCGCUGCCUCAGCUGUCGAUUCCAACUUCGCAACGCCGUCGCCGCCGCUCGACCCAGACCGGCUCUUCGAUACUAUGCCAGCAGCAGCAACGGCAACGAUGCGAGCAAGCCCUCAACCACCAAACCCCCGAUCCCCGAAAAGGUCCAAUUCCAACAGAACGCUCCCCCUUCCUCUCCUUCCGACCCCGAACCCGGCGAUGAAGACUUUACGCCGCCGACCCUAGACCGACCCAUCGGGACCGUCAUCCCGCCAGAAGAGGGCCAGAACUCGGGCGUCGACUCGCGCAGCAUCCGACAGCGACGCGAUGAUUUUGUGAACUACGACCGACAUCUCGAGCGACGGAAAGAACUGUACUAUUCCUCUCCUCUCCUCUCCUCUCCUCCCAUCCUACCCCCCUCCUAA